GAAAUGGAUCAUGGCCAACGCAACGAUAUUACGACCCUCUGACGAUUUAACGUUCAUUCCUUCUCCUCGUUAACGACAUCACGACGUCACUCUCCUGUGUCACGCUCCUCAUGAGACGACGCUUUGAAUUUUUCAGAUCAAAGAAAAAGGCUCGUCAGCCCCCCAAUGUACAUGUUUUGACAGAAGAACACCCACAGCCAUCUAUCCUUGCCGAGUUGCACCAGUCACCAAUAUCCGAUCCAUAUGAAUCACGUCCACUUCCGCCUCUUCCUCCUGAGGCGCUAGCAACACGGGGCCCAGCGCGUUCGUCAACGGAUCCUCUGGCACCGCCUUCACGGGGAGGGUCAUCCGAAAUAUCAGACCUCUUCGCGCAUCCCAGCCGCUCACGCCGAUACCUUGCUCGAAUCAGGGGGCAGCCAACACACAGUGCCCCGAGGUACCGGGCAAACAACAACUCUGCGAAGGAUUUUGGCUUCGAGUGUCAUCUCGACCUGACGAAUGAACUUUCCCCGCCUGGGCGCUGGCGAACUCCUGUCCACAGGUCUUAUAGGCCUAGUAUGGGUGGCAUCGACGAGCACCCACAGACGGAAACAAGGUCUGCCUCUAGCAAGGGCACGCGAUCCGAUGGCGUACGUCGGACAAGCCUCGAGCCUAGCCACUUCCAUGCACCGCGACGGGUUGAAAACCAUUCUGGGUCCGCCAUUGCAGGUCCUUCCACUUCACCAAAUGCGGCGCAGGCUCGGCCCAGAAGGAAUCGGGGGCAUACACUCGACUCGAUCUUAGCCGAGCUAUUCGAAGCAACGGAACCUUCCCGAGAUCCAAUUCGGAAUUGUCGGUUAGCCAGCACGGAGUCUUCCAAAACGACCUUCGCGACUCAACUCACUUGGGUGCCUGCUCGGAUACUUGCCCCAAGGCUGCAUGCACACCAUGGUCCGCUUUCUCACACCACAGAGCAAGCUGACUCAAGGGCCCGCCAAUCGCAUGCUGAAUCCAGUUCGGUAUCAUCAUACAUCUCGGAUACAACCUCGAAGCCUAAACCAACGAACACGGUCACGCCGAUGUCGUCUCCUGGCCCUUCUGCCAACCAAUUACCUUGCAACGACUACAUCACGCUCGAAACCAAGAGGGAAACUUGGACGUCCAGAAAGGGAACCGACGAUUCAGAAGAUUGCUCUUCCAUCCGGGCACAAGUUGGCACGCGUGGAACGGUGGCUUCUGUGGAUGUCACGGAGUCCAUCGAUUCAGAUUCUUUGCUGGGUGAGGUGUUGACUAUGCGGGGCAUCGCCGUCGAGGCUCGAGACAUGUGCCGUGUGAUGGUGACGUCUGUGGAUCGGAUCGAGAGCCUCACGGAUGCCCUGUGUGAACAACAUAAGGCAAAGCUGUCGCGUCGCCUUGAACGAAGAAGAUUACGGAAUGAACUUUUGUUGGAGGGGGAUGAGACACAGACGCAAUUACUCUAUUAA